GCUGUUGGGAUUAAACUAUGGGCGAUUGUCCGUAGUAUAAUAUAGUGUACUCUAGUUUAAAAAUGAAGAUAUUAAUCUUUAUUUCUUUGUACGUUGUGUUUGCUUCUGCGAGCCAGGAGUUGGAGGUGCCUACUGAAAAUAAUGUCGCCAAAAAGGAUGACAAAACGACCAAUUUACUUUUAACACCACCUGUGGACGAUGUAAGCAAGCCUCCAAAUGUUAGUGUAGAAACUACAACUGCAAAACCUCUUACAUCUUCUACUAUUAUACCAGUUACUUCUACUUCACCAGCCUCAACUACUACCAAAGCUAAGGGUAAAACAAUAAGACAUAGAAAACCAUCGCAUAAAAGACCAAGAUACAGGCAUAAAGGAUCAAAAGACCACAUGAGACCGAAGCCUAGGUUACCAAAAGGACCAGUGGAUUUGAGACAUAGAAGACCGAAAUAUCAUCAUUAUACUAGGCAACACAGAAAACCAGUAUACCGUGUUCCUAAAGAGAUCAAACCUUAUAACAGACACAAACGUAUUAACAGAAGACGGGACAAUGAUUAUUAUUAUUAAAUUGUACUUAAUAAUGUAAUUAUGAGGUAAUUUGGACCCGGUUAUGUCCCAAAACUGCGACCAGACCCCGAGAAAUGGGCAGCAGCAUUUCGUACAAUAGGCAUGUUUCCUACUAGUCAAAUUCAAUACUUUUUUCGAAACGUCAAAAACGAUAGUUUCUAUAUACUUUGUAUGAAAUACUCUAUUAUGACGUCAUAAGUUUUUGACGUCAUAUAGCAGACUUAUUACUAGAAAUUUAGCUAGAAAAAAUCGAAAAUCUAAGUAGUUCAUAAAAUUGAAUCAGAGUGUUGAUUAUUUUUAUUAAAUAUUUUAUUGUAUUGAAAAGUUAUAAUAAAUAAUUUUUGACCCAGUCAUCAUCCCUAUUGUCGGUGAUCUAACUGCGCUCGCCAAUUGCCUGCCAAGCGUGUUCAGGUAAAACUGGGCCCCCAGUCUCUGACAGGCCCACCGUUCUUGGCUCCCUAAGAAGAGCUGAAGAGGGUGCUAAGAAUCUAAGAAGACCUCAUUAAAACCGUUUAUGUUUUAUUUGUUGUGUAUUAAUGGAACAUACAUACAGUUUUAAUAAAUAUGUAUAAUAUUGGACCAUGCUCCCGCUACUGGUCGGCUCCUAUUUUUAUAUUUUUAAAUAUUAUUUUAUUUUGUAUUUUAUAAGUAGUAUUUAAAAAUGUAAUUUUAGAGAAUUUUGAAUAAAUAUAUCUAUGUAUAAUAUAAAAUUUAAGAUCAUUAAUAAUACUUAGAGAUAUUAUAGGGAUGUGUCUGUGACUAUACCUUUAAUAAAUCAAACUACAUAGUGUA